AUGGUUCAAGCGAUGCCGCGCGGCGACGCACGGUUUAGGUCCGCAGCAAUCGUCGCUGGCUCUCAGCAGCACCCUGCGAUCUAUGGAAGAGGAUACGCUCCUCAUCACGCAAAAGCUAGUGUGUCAAUCGCGCUAGCUGCACUUGCCGCUGUGUCGUCGCCCGAGGCGCAUCGGUGCCGCUCGGGUGCUUUGCGGCGUUUAAAUACUCGAGCGGCUGCGCCGCAGCGAACGCUAGCAAAACACGCGCCGUGGUCUCACGCAUUGGCCGUCAUCGCCGCACAGCCUUGCAUUGCAGCCAUGCCGAGCGACCAGAAGUGGCUCGGCCAACUAGCGGUACUAUGUGAAUCAAUAACAAGUGAUCCGGAUGCAGCGCUCGUGAAGCAGGACCACGAGGAACCUCUGAUCAAGCAGUUGCAAGCGAUGGCCGACGGCGCCACGUCCACGACGAGAAAGGCGAGGGCCUGGCUCUCGCAGUGCGCCGUUUUUCUCGACGUCUUGCCCGCGUAUCGGGUACGCAUAGCCUCCGCAAAAGAAAGGGACCAGACCCAGACGCGCGAGACGCAGAAACUCCGGCUCAAGGAGGAGUGGCUCGUCAAGGCCUACGGCGUGUUCGUCUCGUCUUUGAGCAAAGCCGCUAAGAAUAAAGAUACGGAUGCAUCAUUAGUGGCUGUUGCUAUGAGGUGUUGCGGGGAGUUGUAUGCUCGAAGACCUUCCUUUAACCUGUCCGAGGAUGUUUUGAGGGUGGCCGCACCUGGUCUAGAUCACGCUGAUGAGGUAGUGAGGGAAUCAGCGCUCAAGUCCUUGCGAAGGGCCAUAUCAGAUGACCGGAGCGGUGCCGCGUCACUAAGCGUCGCGAAGGCGAUCCAUGGCUUGUUACGCGAUAGGAAGGGCGGUCUUAGAAGAUGUGAUGCUCUCGACCUGUUAGCCGACUUGGCAGCGCCCGCAGCUCUCGACGACGAAGCUUUUCUCGAGAAAAAUCGCCUGAGGAAGCUCGCGACCAAAAAACAACCUCAAAAAGCCGCGAAGAAGGUCAAGACGAAGACGAGGAAAGCGCGCGACGACGAGAUCCAGGCGGCCAAAGACAUGAAGGAAACGGCCGCGCGCGUCGAUGCCGAGGAGACGAGGCGGAACGCUCGCUCUCUAGUGCAUGAGCUCGGGCUGAUCUACGGGCGGGUCGUGCAGGCGGCGUACCGAGGCGACGCUCGUACGAGACGGGUUCUGUUGCCGUCGGCGUUGCGUGGGCUUAAAAAAUUAGCACCAGCGGCGAACGCGGACGUCGUCGACGCAUGUUUGAACCAGAUACGAGGCAUCGCUCGAGACGACCAGUGCGAGCCCGAGACGGCCUUGUGUUGCGCCGACGCCGCUCUCGUAUUAGCUGACGUCUCGCGGAGUGCGUUGGAGUUGGACGACGACGGCGCGUUCGUCGAUGGCGUGUUUCGCGCUUUAUUACAAGCAUGUGUCGAUGGAAGUGUGGACUCACAAGCGCUGGAAUGCGUUCUGAGGACCGCGGUAGAAAGGUCGCGCCUCGAGACGAGAAGGGCGGCCGCAGUACUAAGGCGCGCCCUACUCCUAGCUUUACACAGAUACAACGGCGCCGCCUUCGUCGCGGCGGCCCGGAACAUUAUGAAGAGGGAUCCCAUCCUGGAAUGCCUCCUCGAGGACGACGAGGCGCGCGGGCCCCACAGUGCGGGCGCUUCGUAUAACGCCGCGGCGGCGUCCGCAGAACAGGCGAGCGCGCUCGGCGCGCCGGCCUGGGAGCUGCUGUUGUUGGCGCGCCACGUCGACGCGCGGGUCGCGGCCCAGGCUCGGGCCAUGCUGGCGGGCACGCGGCCGGGCGCUUGCGACGAUCCUCGAAAGUUGCUGGACGCGCGGCUCGUGCCGGAGCCGGUAUCUAGACAGCCGCCGCGGAAGAAGAAGCGGCGGUAGGCGCCCGCGUCGACGGCGUCUGCUGGAGUAAUUGUUGUUUGAUU